UAAUGUUGUUUAGCUUUCUCCUGGACAAUUCACAAGGAAGCUCUCCUAGACCUAGUCCUAGUUAGCAAACAUAGCCAUCAUCAGUGUUGGGAUUUGUAACUUCUUCAACUAGUCUAAACCAAUACUGUCUGUCUGGACAAUUCGCAAGGAAACUCUCCUAGUUCUAGUUAGCAAGCACGGUCAGCAUCAGUGUUGGGAUUAGUAACUUCGUCAACUUGUCUAUGGCAAUAUUUUCUGUCUGAUCUUGGCCAUAGGACUCUUCCUUUACUUGAACUGUUUACAGUGGAGCAAUGGUGAGUGACGACGAUGACGAUCUAGUGAGAGGAGGCAUGAACUUGUGGUAGAGUCACGGAAAGCACACGUUGUUAACAGAAUCUAUCCCUCGCUUCAAACUUGCAGCCCCAACAGAAUGACACACUCUUGGCUUAGAUACGAGUGGGUUUUGUUAAUAUUCUUUCAUGGGAUUCUUCUGAUGUCCAUGAGCUCAUGUUUGAAAUCUAAGACAGUUCCUGCUCUUGCAAAUGAGACUGAUCGCCUGGCUUUACUUGACUUCAAGAAUCGGAUCACUCAAGACCCACUUCAAAUCAUGAGCUCAUGGAAUGACUCUGUUCAUUUCUGCAACUGGAUAGGUGUUACAUGUAGCCCCUCCAGCAAACGAGUCACUGUUUUGGACCUAGAAGCUAAGAGAUUAGUUGGCCCCAUACCACCCUCUAUAGGAAAUCUUACUUGCCUCACAGGAAUCAACCUACGAAGCAAUAGCUUCAACGGUGAAAUUCCUCAAGAAGUGGGACGUCUACAACGCCUACAUCAUCUCAAUUUGAGCAGGAAUUCCUUUGGUGGUAAACUUCCGACUAAUCUGAGCUACUGUACACAACUUAGAGUGCUUGACGUUGCUUACAACAAUCUUGUUGGGCAGAUUCCAGGCCACCUCAGCUCAUUGUCAAAGUUGGUGAAUCUAAGUCUUGGCGUGAACAACCUAACAGGAAAUAUCCCAGCUUGGAUUGGAAACUUUUCUUCUUUGAAUGUCCUUAGUCUUCCUCGGAACAAUUUUCAUGGAAGCAUUCCUAGUGAACUUGGCCAUCUAUCAAGGCUGAGAUUUUUACGCCUUUCUGUGAAUAAUUUGUCCAAUACCAUCCCUCCUCAGAUCUAUAAUAUUUCUUUCAUUUAUUAUUUCUCUGUAACUGACAACCAGCUACAUGGAAGCUUCCCAACAGAUGUUGGUUUUACUCUUCCAAACCUUCAAAUAUUUUAUUGCGGUGGAAACAGUUUCACGGGACCUAUUCCCAAGUCGCUGUCAAAUGCUUCUCAACUUCGAGGCCUUGACCUUAAUGGAAAUAGUCUGACUGGGAUAGUGCCUCAAAAUCUAGCAAACUUGCAAAGCUUGCUUUGGCUUAGUCUUGGAAACAAUAGCCUUGGAAAGGGGAAGGAUGGUGACUUGAGUUUUCUCAAUUUCUUGGCCAAUUGUACUAGUUUGGGGUUAUUGAAUCUUGAAAGUAAUAAUUUUGGAGGAGUAUUGCCAAGCUCUAUAGCCAACCUUUCCACCCAGCUAGACAUUCUUAUUAUGGGUACGAAUAAGAUUCAUGGUAACAUCCCCACUGGGAUCGGGAAUCUCGUUAACUUAAGUUAUCUUGGAUUAGAAAAUAACUAUUUGGGAGGUACUCUCCCUCAUGUUCUUGGGAAGCUUCAAAGGUUAAAUGUAUUAUAUUUGGAAAAUAACAAUUUUUUUGGGCCAAUCCCUUCCACCUUGGGUAACUUAACUACGCUGACAGAACUUUAUAUGGAGGAGAACAGAUUUGAAGGAAGGAUACCCCCAAGCUUAGGAAACUGCCAAAAUUUGCUUUUACUGAACCUUUCUCAUAACAAUCUCUCUGGAACAAUACCAAAACAGGUUAUGGGUCUUUCAUCCCUUUCAAUUUUUUUGGACUUGUCUUAUAAUUUUUUUAUAGGAGCACUACCUUUUGAAGUGGGCAACUUAGUACAUCUUACCAAGUUAGAUCUCUCAAAGAAUAAAAUAUCAAGCAAAAUUCCCACCACCCUUGGGACUUGUAUUAGUUUGCAGUACUUGUAUUUGGGCGGUAACUCAUUUGAGGGAGUAAUUCCUCAAUCCUUGAAGAAUUUAAGAGGUUUAGAAGAUAUAGAUCUUUCUCAUAAUAAAUUAUUUGGGCAUAUUCCUGAAUUUCUUAGCAAGCUUUUGGCACUUAAGCAUCUCAAUAUUUCUUAUAAUGAUUUUGAGGGUGAAGUGCCAAGUGAAGGAAUUUUUGCAAAGGCAAGCGCAAUUUCAAUCUUUGGAAAUGAAAAGUUAUGCGGUGGUGUCCAAGAAUUAAAUUUAUCUUCAUGCUCAAGCAAACAUCCCAAAUUGAACUGGAGGCUUCUUGCACUCAGAAUAAUAAUUCCUAUCACAUGUAUAACCAUAUUUGUACUUCUUUUGUUGUAUUUUUUCCCUAUGUGUUCUACUGUGAAAAAAUUAAGAGAGGGAGCAUUGACUACAUCUUCUUUUGGAGAUUGGCAAUUUCCUAUCUCUUAUGCUGAACUCUUAGAAUCAACCAACGGGUUUUCUGAGAACAACUUGAUUGGUUCGGGUAGUUUUGGCUCUGUAUACAAAGGAGUUCUUUCUAGAAAUGGAGCAAUUGUUGCAAUCAAAGUAUUGCACCUUCAACAACAAGAAGCAUCCACAAGUUUCACUAAUGAAUGCAAUGCUUUGAGGAAUAUACGCCAUCGCAAUCUCCUCAAGAUUUUCUCUGCUUGCUCUAGCAUUGAUCAUAAAGGGAAUGACUUUAAGAGCCUAAUUUUUGAGUUCAUGUGCAAUGGAAGUCUAGACCAGUGGUUGCAUCCAAAAAAUGAUGAGCGACAUCAAAGAAACAAAUUAAGCUUUAUUCAGAGACUAAAUAUAGCCAUUGAUGUUGCUUAUGCAUUGGAAUAUCUUCAUCAACAUUGCCAAACACCAAUUGUUCACUGUGAUAUUAAACCAAGCAAUAUACUCCUUGAUGAAGAUAUGGUAGCCCAUGUUGGUGAUUUUGGAUUGGUGAGGUUCCUCUUUGAAGCAUCUAACAAUCCCUCCAAAACUCAAACCCUGUCAGUUGGACUAAAGGGUUCCAUUGGGUACAUUCCUCCAGAGUAUGGGAUGGGUGGCCAAAUUUCAACAUCGGGAGACAUUUUCAGUUAUGGGAUACUCUUGUUAGAGAUGUUCACUGGGAAAAAACCUAUCGAUGAAAUGUUCAUAGAUGGUUUGAGCAUUCACAAGUUCACUUCAAUGGCUUUGCCUGAACAUGUAAUGGAUAUAGUUGACCCAUCAAUGUUCUUUGAGGAGGAUGGAGAAGAUGUUGGUGAUGAGAGAAACGAAGAUGACAUUGAAGAUAGAGCAAUAAUUGAAGAAGUGCCCCAUCUCAAUGUUAGUAGCAAAAUAAAAGAUUGCUUGAUAUCAGUGUUUGAAAUUGGAUUGUCGUGUUCUACAACAUCACAUGAUGAGCGGAUGCCAACAAAUGUUAUUGUCAAUGAAAUGAAUGCAAUUAGAGACACAUAUCUUAAAUUUAAGAAGAGAAACAGAAGAAGAGUGAACUAGCAUGGCCGGAUUGGAUGGAAUUGAAGUAAUGAACCCCCUUGAUCGAGUAAUAUUUCUGCUGUGUUCUUUAGUGUACACAUAUGCUGCCUCAGCGGCUCAGCCAUUGUCAUUGCUUUCCAUGUCAAAGGUUAUUUAGAUCAAUGGCUCCCUGUUAUUUGUCAAUGACAUUUCUUAAACCAUAUUACUAUAUUUAUUGUUUUUAUCAUGGAUUGUACGAUUGCUCCUUUAAUUGUAAUAUGUGUUUCAUACACUAUUUUUUUUUUUUUUUGAGUCAUUCAUACACUAUUCCUUACUGUACUUCUUAACUUGGAAAUGUUUGAGGGCAGGUUAGCAGGUAAUAACAGUUCAUGGGACCUAUUUUUGUGUCA